GGGUAGUGGAAGGAGACCGGCUGGGUUGAGCCUCCCCGGGCUCCUGCGCAGGAGCCUGGGGUGCUUUGCUACUUGGCAGGCCCGCUCACACGACUCCAAGCUCGACAUGCGUGUGCCCGCCGUGUGCAGGGGUGGUCGUUUCCGCUGCGGCCGAAGGUCCUCCUCGCCUCCCAUUCCGCCAAGCGGGCGCUCCGCGGACUGGAAGCCCGUCCCUGGGCUGGGCUGCUCGGGCGACUCCUCCUCGUCGGCGUGGAGAUGAGUGGCUCCUUGGGCCUCCUUUCCCGCAUCCCGGCACACCCGGAUUCCCGAUGCUGGUUUCUGGCUUGGAACCCUGCAGGGACCCUCUUAGCCUCCUGCGGUGGGGACCGGAGCAUCCGCCUCUGGGGAAGGGAAGGUGACGUCUGGGUGUGCAAGUCUGUGCUGGGCGAGGGACACCAAAGGACCAUCCGUAAAGCAGCCUGGUCCCCCUGCGGCAACUACCUGGCUUCAGCCAGCUUCGAUGCCACCACCUGCAUUUGGAAGAAGAACCUGGAGGAUUUCGAGUGUGUAGCCACUCUGGAAGGCCAUGAGAAUGAGGUGAAGUCUGUGGCCUGGGCCCCAUCUGGCACCCUCCUGGCCACCUGUAGUCGAGACAAGAGCGUCUGGGUUUGGGAAGUGGACGAAGAGGAGGAGUAUGAGUGCAUGAGCGUCCUCAACUCCCAUCUGCAGGAUGUCAAGCAUGUUGUCUGGCAUCCUAACCAGGAGUUGCUGGCAUCAGCCAGUUAUGACGACACGGUGAAACUGUACCGGGAGGAGGAGGAUGACUGGGUGUGCUUUGCCACCCUGGAGGGCCACGAGUCCACGGUGUGGAGCCUGGCUUUCGACCAGAGCGGAGAGCGCCUGGCCUCCUGCAGCGAUGACAAGACGGUGCGCAUUUGGCGCCAGUAUAAGCCAGGCAAUGAGCAAGGCGUGGCUUGCAGUGAUGUAGAACCCACCUGGAAAUGCAUCUGCACCCUUUCUGGCUUCCACACGAGAACCAUCUACGAUGUGUCAUGGUGCCGCCAGACGGGAGCUUUGGCCACUGCCUGUGGGGACGAUGCGAUCCGGGUGUUUGAGGAGGAGCUGCUCUCAGACCCGCAGCAGCCCACCUUCAGCCUGACUGUCCACAUGGCCAGGGCUCACUCCCAGGAUGUGAACUGCGUGGCCUGGAACCCCAAGGAGGCAGGGCUGCUGGCUUCGUGCAGUGAUGAUGGAGACAUAGCCUUCUGGAAAUACCAGCGCCCAGAGGCUUGAGUCUUUCCCUGGUAGCCCAUGGCAAUGAUGUAGGCCUUGGGCUGUCAGCCCGAGCUCUGCAAGUCACACACCCCAACCCCAAGGGCAGCAAGCGGCUGGACGAUCACGUGAUUUACUCUUGCAGAGGUGCUGACUGGAGGAAUCCUGCACUGAGACCACCGGCUUUGGCUGAAAAGGGGUAACUUGGUUGUGGCUGCAUCUAUAGUCUUUGUAGAUUUCACGCUGUUGCUCAGUCAGUUCCUUGAGAUCCCGAUUGAUAAUCUUGUCUGGUAGCUGCAUUUAAAAUCUUCCCAUUGACACAAGAUGGAUUCUUGUCAAGCAGAGCCUGCCGGAAGGAAUUUCCUCCUGCUUCUGUACAAGAACCAACCGUGGAAGGGAAUGAGUGCUGUAACUGCUGGCUUCAGAAGGGACAGCGUUGCUGGAGCAAACUGUCUUGUGGCAUUACAUGUAAAAGUUACCGUGAUUGAGUGCUUUGUCUCUGGGUUGUGCUCUCUCUCUGGACUUGUGUAUAGCUGAAACUGCAAAGGAACCGCUGUUAUUUAGCAACUGUGAGGAGUCAGGUUGGCUUAAAGGGUGUUCUUAUUGUAGGCUGAA